AUGUCGGCAUUACAUUCAGCUGUAACAUCCAUAACUCAGAACAUCCCAUCAUUCCUGCGUCAACCCGCAGAAGCGUUGAUAGGUGAACAAUGCUAUGAUAUCCUGGUAUACAACUUCGAUAUCACCCAUGUCGAUUGUUUGAAAUACGCUUUAUCAAAGGGAUUGGGAUUGGGCAUAGUUGUCGGUGGUGGAAUAGUCAAGAUUCCUCAAAUAUUGAAGAUUGUUGGAUCUGGAUCUGCAAGGGGUUUAUCGCUUUCUGCUUAUAUCCUUGAAACAGCUUCAUACGCUAUCAACCUCGCUUACGCAUCUCGAAACAGAUUCCCAUUUUCGACCUAUGGAGAAAACUUUUUCCUGACGAUACAGAAUGUCAUCAUCACCUUGUUGAUCUUGUUCUUCUCCACGCCAAGGGGAGCUAUAUUGACCUCUAAACAGUCAUCUGGCGGUAAUUUGAGUAAAGUCAUUACUGGGUUGUUGAUCACUCUCGUUACUGGGGUGGUACUUUGGUCAGAAAAUCUUUGUCCACCUGGAAUGCUUGCCCUGCUUCAAGCUGCUACGCUGCCAUUAUCAUUAAUCUCCAAAGCACCUCAAAUUUUCUCGAACCACAAACACAAAUCGACCGGUAAUCUAUCGGCAUUUGCAGUAUUCAAUGCCCUAUUGGGAUGUCUGGCAAGACUGUUCACCACCAAGCAGGAAGUAGAUGAUCCAUUGAUCUUUUGGGGAUUCGCAGGUGCAGCUGUACUGAAUGCUGUAUUGGCAUUACAGAUGAUAGCUUACUGGAAGAAUCCCGGUGGAACCGAGAAUGAUCUGUUGAAGAGCAACAUCAGGAGACAUAGUGCUGAAGAAAGAGGUACUACCUCACAUACCUCGCCUGAAAAGAUAUUCUCGAACGAUACGGGUGUGGGUAAACGAUGGGCCAGGAAGGUUGAUUAG